AUGGAAGCUUAUAUCAAUGUGUACGAUUUAAUGCAGAAUUUUCCUCUAAGUAGGGUCGCUUGGACAUUGGGACUUGGCAUCUAUCAUACGGGUUUUGUUUUAGAAGGAAAAGAGUAUGCUUAUGGUGCUCAUGCUAUUCCGAAUGCUACUGGCGUCUUUGUAACUGUGCCCAAACCUCCUUUGGAAGGCUGUCGAUGGCGUUGUUCUAUUCCUUUACCACCUUGUAAGCUUACAAAAUUUGAGAUAGACGAAAUAAUUACGCGUCUAAGCAAGGAAUUCACAGGUACCUCCUAUUCUUUGUUGUCGCAAAACUGCAACCAUUUCACCGAUGCCAUUGCAAAAGCUCUAACAAAUACAACUAUUCCUGCCUUUUUGAAUCGGCUUUCAAAAAUUGGACUCACCUUUCCUUCAAUCACGAAUGCGGUUUUACAAUUAGAUUUUUCCAAGGCUCCGACUCAAAACAGCUUAGAGAGAACCAACUCAACAGAUUCUGACGAAGAGGUUUUAGUGCCUCCAUCGGCCAAACUACAGCAAAUCUCAUUUCCAAAAAUUCCUAAAGUUGUUGUUUCACCUCCGACUGUGAAUACAGAUAACUUGGUCACAGAAUCACGGAGGUAUUAA